UUUCCUUUUCAUGUUUGAUGUUUCCACCAUGAAUCAUCAAGGACGUCACUAUUUCAUACGGCUUGACACGUCAGAGAAGAUUAUUUCUUGUCGCGACAUUUUGGGCUAUUUGGCGUUGUUUUGAUUUUCGUCUUUGUUUAAUCGGAAAGAACGAUCCACGUGACAAUUUAAUAAAACAUUAAAUUAGUAUAUUCCGCUUCGAUUCCUGUUUAGAGAAUGAUACCUACAACGUGCAUCAACUUAAGUGACCAGCAUUCAAUAGCUUUACCCACGAUUGGUCUUGGUACAUACUCAAUACUUGGCGGCGAUGGCAAGGAAGCGAUCAGAACAGCAAUCGACGUGGGCUAUCGUAUGUUUGAUACGGCGGUUGCGUAUGGAAAUGAAGCGAUCGUUGGUGAAGCAAUACGCGAAAAAAUACGUGAAUGUAACAAUCUGACCCGAGAUGAUUUUUUUAUCAUCUCGAAACUUUCGGGAUCGUAUCAUCGCAAGGAUCUGGUUGAAAAGUGUUGCAGAAUGACCUUGGAUCGUUUGGGUAUGGAUUAUGUAGAUCUUUACCUGAUGCACACACCUGUUGCCUUGCAGUCUGAAAAGAAAUGUGCGAGAAAUGGAACGAAACCAAAUGCCAUCGACGAUAGUAUUGCUCCUACAGAAGCGUGGAUAGGAUUGGAGCAAUGUUACCAAGAAGGACUAUGCCGUUCCAUAGGUGUAUCUAAUUUCAACGAGCAUCAAAUAAAUGCUCUACUCUCAGACGCAUCCAUAGUUCCAGCGGUGAAUCAGAUUGAAUGCUCGAUCGGAUUCAAUCAAAGGCCGAUGCGCAAAUUUUGUCAACAGCAAAACAUUCUAGUGAUGGGCUAUACACCAUUAGGAAAGCAGAAAUUACCAUUCCUACAGAAUAAUCGUUUAAAAGAAAUUGCUCUUUCCGUUGAUAAAACUACGGCGCAAGUUAGUUUGAGAUAUCUGCUGUGCUUUUCAUUCCAGAUAGAUGAAGGUGUUGUUCCGAUCGUAAAAUCAACUGAUCGUAAACGGCAGCAAGAAAAUUUGGACAUUUUUGAUUUCAAGCUCACCAAACAACAGCUGGAAGAAUUAGAUGCCAUCGGAGGGGAUCAGCGUGCAUGCAAAAUGGAUUUUUUAGCAGGAGCUAAGCAUUUUCCUUUUACAGACUGUUAAAUUUUCUUACUGCUGUUGUUGUAUUUUAAUACGGGUUUGGCCGCUUGGAUGUUUAGCAGUGAGAAUGGAAAAUAUUGUUUCUAAUCUGUUUCUCAUCGUACCAAGAGUUGUAGGGCAAUAAAACGGGAAUGAUCGUAGACAGUAAGGUAAAGAUCAUCCAAAAGAAACUUAA